AUGGCUGGAGUAUGGAGGACAAAGAACAUCGGAAUGUUGUGGUCGGUAAUCUACAAACAGGGGAUCAUCUGGGUUGCCAUCCCUAUUAUCUUGUUCGUCCCCGCGGUGGUUCUUGUGUUCCUAAACCUCAACGAUAUCAUGAACAUUAUUCUUCUUCCCGUAUACGGCAUUACAUUGUGUAUGGCGGUAGCACGCAUGUACCGCGAUCUCUCAGAAUUUUCUCCCGGUUUGGUUCAGACCUCGUCCGCAUUCACAGCGCAAAUCCGGUUCAAACCGGUCGGUUUAGGGAAAUCAAGUGGCAGCACUGGCGAUUCGGAGGUUUCCGCACGCGGCCUUCCGACAGUGAUCCCUCUUGAAGUAUUCCAGCGGGUUGAGCGGUCAGUCGGAGGGGAGACACCGGAAGACUCGCCUGCGAGCGCGACGUUCUCUAAGAAGCAGCCUGACGGAACACCAGCCAACUUCCUGAGCAUGACGUCGGAGCUGGACCACGUUUGA